AUGGACGCACCUUCACCCUCAUACUCUCGGGAGUCCACAGUCGAGCCUGGAGAUUUCAUCCGACCGAAAGCACGUAAAGCGACACCAGCAGAAGAAGACGAGGAUGUGUGGGAGGAUGAAGAGGACAGCAUCCUCAUGGAUGAGCAUGGCAACAUCAUCUAUGAAGGACCCGCCUACGAGGAUUCAGCUUCCGAGUUUUCGGAUGGAGCAGACGCUCAAGACCUCGAACAGCAUCGACGCUCGUAUCGAGAAGCUACGCAGCAGUAUCGCAAAAGCCGUAGAGCUCUUCUUCUGUCUGGCCUGUCGUCAUAUGCUUCUUCGCCCUCCUCGGAAGAGCUUGGGAGCAUCUCUCCGACAGAGUUCGGUAACGCAUCCGCCAGUCCAUCCGCCUCCGUCUACGAAUCGCAGAGGCAAACACCCGAGCACGAAUCCUACUAUCAGCCACACCUGGCCGAGUCGGUGGACAACGCUGAUACCGGUGGGAGGACAAACGAUCUGCGAUACGACUAUGACUCAGGUCCCGAGACCAAGAAGCCUGUCGGCGCUGCCCAAGAUGCUGCGCGCGAGGCGUAUGCAGUCAAGCAGGAGCCCACGACACCGACGCUGAAUGACGAGUCCUCUCGUGCACAAAGACAUGUAGGUUCGGCCGUCAAUCCGACGAACGGCAGGACGUCGGCAUCUGCAGACAACGGAACAACGUCUGAAAGACGAGCUCGACCGUCGUCCGCUCCAAGAACCUUGUCUUCGCCGCUCAGCCCCACCAAAUUCUUGACGCCCGAACAGGAUGGCAUCCGGCAGCGACGCUCACUGAGGGACCUGAAGCCAUCCACAUCCGCUGCAGACGAAGAGACGUACGAGUACGCCGACGCUUAUAUGACUCCGCGUCUCAGCCUCACAACGCUCCACGAGGAAGCGAAGCCCAACGGGUCGUCAAUACCACAGACUCCUUUGCCAGCGAGCGAAAAACUAGCGAACAGGGACUACAGUCCAAUAAGCCCCGGGGCUACCAUUGCUCCGACCCGUCAGGAAAACCAUCCGUUCAGCUUGUGGGACUACCUCAAAGAAGAGGUCCUCGCCACCGACUUUGAUGCGACCCAGGAGAUGAAGUGGGAAAGGGUCACCAACUUCAUCUCGAUCCCGUUCUGGAUGGAAAAGAUCAUCCUCUUCGGUUUCGUCGUCUGCCUUGACUCGUUCCUCUACACCUUCACCAUCUUGCCGCUUCGCUUCUGCGUGGCCAUGUGGACGUGGCUCGGCAACAGUGCCAGGUGGAUUCUCGGCAGCGAAAAGCGGUAUCUGCAUUCGUCGCACAAGUGCGACAUCCUCAAAAUGCUCCUCAUCGUGCUCAGCUGCGUGAUCCUCUCGCGCAUCACCGACGCGAGUAAGAUGUAUCACUCGGUCCGCGGGCAGGACGUGGUCAAGCUCUCCGUCAUCUUCAACGUGCUCGAGAUUGCAGAUCGUCUCUGCUGCAGUUUCGGGCAAGACCUGCUCGACUCGCUCUUUUCUCGCAGCACGCUCGCUCGACGCAAGAAUGGCAAACAGCCCUAUCUACGACCGAUUGGCUUCUUCUGCCUCAGCCUGUGCUACGUUCUCGCACACACGCUCGUGCUCUUUUACCAGCUGGUGACGCUCAACGUCGCCAUCAACAGCUACGACAACGCGUUGCUGACGUUGCUGCUCUCGAACCAGUUCGUCGAGAUCAAGUCGAGCGUUUUCAAAAAGUUCGAGAAAGAAAACGUCUUCCAAAUGACGUGCGCCGAUAUCGUCGAGCGCUUCCAGCUCACCCUCAUGCUGUCGGCGAUCGGCCUUCGCAACCUUAUCGAGCUAUCGGGUGGAUCGCUCGAGCCUACAUCGAGUCCGCUCCCCGCGAGCUUCACUGUGUUUCCAAGUCUCAGCUUGCUCGAGACGGUCCUGACGCCUGUCUGCAUCGUGCUCGCGAGCGAGUGCAUCGUCGACUGGCUCAAGCACGCCUUUAUCACCAAAUUCAACCACAUCCGUCCCGCGGUCUACGGUCGCUUCAUGGACGUGCUCUGCCGGGAUCUGGUGGUAGGAGGGCCGUCCACGAAAGAGAACAGCCGCAAGCAUACCUUCGUCGAUCAGAGCCCCAUCAUUAGUCGUCGUCUCGGCUUUGCUGCGUUGCCGUUGGCGUGUUUGCUGGUGCGACUCAUCUUGCAGAUCAUCGGCAUGAUCGGCGACACGAGUCACAUUGACGAAUGCAUUGCCCCCAUCAGCCCGCGCGAGACAGGAUGGAUCGGCGUCGUCGCGCGAAAGCUGGGGGCCAACGAUAUCGACAACGACCUGGUGCGCGCUAUGGACCUGUUUGUGCGAGGCUCAGCGUGGGCGCUGACGCUUGUCAUCGCUUGGGCCUUUCUCGUCGCUGUCAAGCUCUUGUUGGGCACCAACCUGGUCAGUUUCGCCUCGCACCGCUAUGCCACGAUGCACGAGCGCGAAAACGAAGAAAGCCUCAACGCGAGGGAUCGAGCUCCCAUCGGCACCAACAAGGACGAGAGGAGCUACGACAAGUCGCUCGGCCGUUUCAUUGACAGGGCGGACGACGACGCGAUCCAGAUCAAGCUCGAUGGGACACACGUCCUGCCGACGCCGAAAGAGAGAGACAAAGGGAAGGAUGCAGGCCAUCCGAAAGUCAAGAAGGAGAACUCGCUCAUGGAGGUCAGUCGGUACAACAUGGUGCGUUCGCGCAUUUGGUAG